AUGGAGAGAAAAGGUUCCCUCAGAGGGCAUCCCCGGGGCAAGCAGGAGGCAGACCCGAAUGAACAGGCGUCCCGGGCCGCCGAUCCCAAGUCGGCGUGGCCAGCGUUUGCCCAAGUCAUCGGCAAGGCACCCGGAGCGCCUAGGGCGGCCCCCAACCUGGGGCCCGACUCCCCGCCCCAGACCCCGCUUACCUGCUUACAUGGCCCCGUCGGAACCCCGGAGUCCCGCGCCGAAAGGCUGCCCUCCGCGGGCGGCGGAGCCCCAAGUCCCCCCAAGGAAUUGAUUCCAGUGGCUGGCGGAGGAGGGGCGGAGGGAAGGAGCCGGAGGAGGCGAAAGGGGAGGGAGGUUUCCGCCGCGAUCCCGGCGCGAGAGUUGGCGCGGGGGCGCCCGGAGAAGGGGGGGAAAGGAGGAUCACCCAGGCGCGGGGCUGUCCCGCCAGAGAGGGGGCCGGGACGGGGAGGCUGGCCGAGGUGGGAGGGGACGCGCCGCCAGGGGCCACGGAGUGGCGGCCGCUCGCAGAGAACCGGCGCCCGGAGGGCAGGCGGCGGAACGAGGACGAGCGCAGCAACCUGCCCCCGGACUGCGCCCGCCGCGCCCUCCCCGGGGAGAGAAAAGUUGGGACGAACUUUCAAGGGCCGGGAGAGCCAGAGCGGCAGGAAAUGCGAGCGGCCGCGAGAGGAGGGAGGAAGGGGCCUGGCGAGUGGGAGGGGACGGAGCAGGCGCCGGCGGCCGCGGCUCCCCCACCCCCGGGCCCGGCUCGGCGGCGCGGGGGGAGCGCGGGGCGCGCGCCGGGGGCGGGGAGGAAUGCGGCGGGACGCGCGGGCGCGCGCGCGGGGGCGCAGGGGGGCGGCGCGGGCAGGGGAGCCCCGGCUCCCGAGCCCCGGGCGCGCGUCCUUGGGGACGUCACAGCGCUGGAAUCCGAGGAAUGCCGAACUGCCGGAGCUCCUUCUGCAGGCCCGGGAGAAGUCGCGCACUUUUAUAAAUGUGGUGGCUUUGGGAGAAGGUUUUCAAAGAAUCGCCCCACCCAGCCGGCGUAGGCACUGGGAGGAAACUUCCUUGGCAUUUUCGGAGGUGGAGUUAAUGAGACGCAGCUGGGAAGCCUGGUGCACUGAAGUCCAUUGGAUUGCAGAGUUGGACAUGACUGGGUGA